AUUGGCCAGCCACACCAAGUGACUUGCCUGCUCCGACAAACAGCCUUCAGCAUCAUCUUCUCACUUGCUGUCUCUUCUGUGUUGGCCAAAACCAUCACUGUGGUGUUGGCCUUCCUUGACACCAAGCCUAGAAACAAGGUGGGAAGGUGGCUGGGAAAGAGCUUAGCCAAUGCAACUGUCAUUUCCUGUAGCAGUGUGCAACUGGUCAUCUGCUUCACCUGGUUGGUCACUGCUCCCCCUUUUCCUGACUCUGACAUGCAAUCCCAGCAUGGUCACAUCAUCCUGCAAUGCAAUGAAGGGUCUGUUGCAAUGUUCUACACUGCCCUCGGCUACAUGGGCUUCCUGGCUGCCAUCUGCUUCAUGGUGGCUUUCCUUGCCAGGAAACUGCCAGGAGGUUUCAAUGAAGCCAAGCUGAUCACCUUCAGCAUGCUGGUCUUCUGCAGUGUCUGGGUGUCCUUU